AGCUCACAGCAAAGCAAAAACCAAAUCAAACACACACAGAAAUCAAAUCAUCCCAAGUCGGUCAGAACACAGUUUGAAGGGGGAGAAAAAAUGCAGUCUGCCAAGGAAACCGCAUCCAAUAUUGGGGCCUCUGCCAAGGCGGGGAUGGAGAAGACCAAAGCCAGCGUCCAGGAGAAGAUGGAGAAGGCUUCGGCACACGACCCGAUGCAGAAGGAGAUGGCGAGGGAGAAGAAAGAAGAGAGGAAAGCCGAAGCCGAGGCCAUGAAGCAAGGCACCAAAGCCCAGAACGCGGCGGCGAAGCAAGGAGAGCGGCUCACCGGCGGGCAUGGGAACUACAGCACCGGAGGCACCGGCACUACUGGGCAUCUCCCUGGUUCCGGGACAGGUGGCAGUCUGAUUUAAACCGGCUAACGAGACCAUACAAGAGUCCGGCCGGUGUGCUGUUAUGUCAAUCUUUGUUGUGUUUUUUCUGCUCGUUUUUGUUUGUAGUUUGUUUGAGGGUUGGAGAGGAGCGGUGGUUUGAAGUGUAGUGAAGUUGUAAUGUGGCAGCGUUGCUCAGUUCUGUAGUAGCAGCGUUCUGCUCUUUCUGUAUCGAGUUUAAAUGGAAUAAAAAAGUUGCUCCUCCUUGUAAGAACAAUUGGCGCUCGUAAG